AAUUAACGUUCCCAAUGCCUUACUUAACGUAAUUUCAAUUGAUGUUUUACGCGUAGUACUGUAUGUACUACGGUACCGUAUCAGAAAAAGUCGUUUACUGUUGAUUUACUGUUGACUCAUUCGACUAUAAUUAGAAUUACAUUUUUGAAAUGAUGUUUUCUCGUUUUCUGUUCCUCUUUUUCCAGUCGCCUCGUCACUCAUCGCCUUUGACUAUGGCUCUUUGACCAUCUCAUACCUCUGACAUUGGUUGUGCUCUAGUGCCGAAAUCGAUGCCAAAAAGAGAAGAAUACUUACGAGAUAGCAAAGAUGCAGGCAUCACGAAGAAUGAAUACGAGAGCGCUAGGCUCUUUGAUGGGUCAGAGGAAAAGCUUCAAUCCGGCAUCAUCAGUGCGCCUUUCUACCAUCUCAGCUUCUCACGCUUUUGGUUUUCCGACUUUCUCAUCUCAUAAUUCAAGCCAUCGUACUCCCUGCAGUCUACUUCACCGCAGUAAGAAUAGGACAGUAAGAUUUAUGUCCUCUGUGGCGUCUUCGAAAAUGAAACGGCUCAUCGACGCCAAUAAGGUAUGCUAAACGGAAGCGAAGACAAAAACUGCUGCCCGAAAGAAGUAUAGCAUACGCCAACAAAUAUUCCUGUGACUUGGCUGCCUUGAUUUAACCAUCGAAUAUUUGUCGAGUCCGACUCAAACAAAACCGUCUUUUCCGCUCGCAAUAUACAGGUUGUUGUCUUCUCCAAGUCGUAUUGCCCUUUCUGUGUGGCUACGAAAAACCUUUUCAAAUCAUUGGACGUAGUGGAAAUUGAGGUACUAGAGCUCGAUCGAAUGGGGAAGGAAGGUGAAGAAUUGCAGGUGGCAUUGUUUCAAGAGACGGGUCAGAAAUCUGUCCCAAACGUUUUUGUCAACGGAAAGCACAUGGGUGGAAACGAUGAUACGCAAGCAGCGGCUAGGAAUGGAACCUUGCAGGAAAUGUUGAAGUCGGCUUGAAGUAUCGCAAUCGGACUACUCCAUCAAGU